CCAUGACUGGCUAUGUGGGACGCAGCACACUAUUGUGGCAACAUGAACAUGUGAAAAAGGAAGAACCUGAAGAAAAGGACUAUCUCUGUCAUAAGACAUCAAACUCUGUGGGAAGUAUAGUCCAACAGAGUGAAGAAUUUCAAAAGAAAGAUGUGAAACAGGAAAAGUCUGAAGACGAAGACCGCCCCUCUACAAAAGAUGUGAAUGCUGCCCAGUUAGAAGUAUCCUGUUCCUGGUGUCCGCUUUCCUAUAAAUCUCAAAAGAACCUCUACAAACACAUCGGCAGAUGUCACUAUGAGAAAUAUGAUAGAUUAAAAUCAGGAGAGUUAAAGUAUGAGAAUCCCAUGCCUGCAAUAAAUGUCAGAUUUCAUCCAACAUUUUCUGUUAAUACCUCUAUUCAGAAGGAACUCUAUUCAUGUUCACAGUGUGGAAAGAAUUUUUCUAAGAAGCGUAAUCUCAGACGACACCAGUACAUUCUCUCCGGGCUUAAGCCACAUCACUGCUCAGAGUGUGGUAAGGCAUUUAACCAAAUGAGAGCCCUCGGAGAACACAAGGUCAUUCACACAGAGAGAAAGCUGUAUCACUGCUCACAGUGCAAGAAGUCUUUUUUUAGACAGCGUAACCUCCAAAUACACCAGCGCAUUCAUACUGGAAGAAAGUUCCAUCACUGCUCAGUGUGUUCAAAAUGUUUUACUCAAAAGAUUAAUCUCAUAAAACACCGGAUCAUUCACACAGGAAUUAAGCCAUAUAAGUGCUCACAGUGCGGGAAAAGUUUUACUCAACAAAUCGCUCUCAUACGACACCAGCGCAUUCACACUGGAGAGAGGCCACAUCACUGCUCACAGUGUGGGAAGAGUGAUCUUACAUCACACCGGCGCAUUCACACAGGACAGAAACCCUAUAACUGCUCAGAUUGUGGGAAGAGUUUUACUCAACAGUGUCAUCUAACAUCACACCGCCGCAUUCACACAGGAAAGAAACUCUAUGACUGCUCAGAAUGUGGAAAGAGUUUUACUCGACAGAGUACUCUUACAUUACACCGGCGCAUUCACACAGGAGAGAAACCCUAUGACUGCUUAGAUUGUGGAAAGAGUUUUAUUCGAAAGAGUGAUCUUGCAUCACACCGGCGCAUCCAUACAGGAGAGAAACCCUAUGAAUGUUCAGAUUGUGGAAAGAGGUUUGCUCAAAAUAUAAGACUUAAAAACCACCAGUUCAUUCACACAGGACAGAAACCCUAUGUCUGCUCAGAUUGUGGAAAGAGUUUUACUCAAAAGAGUGAUCUUGCAUCACACCGGCGCAUUCACACAGGAGAGAAACCCUAUAAAUGUUCAGAUUGUGGAAAGUUUUUUACUCAUCAGAGUACUUUUACAUCACACCGGCGCAUUCACACAGGAGAGAAACCCUAUGACUGCUCAGAGUGUGGGAAGAGUUUUACUCGAAAGUGUGACCUUGCAUUACAUCAGCGUACGCACACAGGAGAGAAACCCUAUGUCUGCUCAGAUUGUGGGAAGAGUUUUAAUCAACAGUGUCAUCUUACAUCACACUGGCGCAUUCACACAGGAGAGAAACCCUAUGUCUGCUCAGAUUGUGGGAAGAGUUUUACUCAACAGUGUCAUCUUACAUCACACCAGCUCAUUCACACAGGAGAGAAACCCUAUGACUGUCCAGAUUGUGGAAAGAAUUUUACUCGACAAAGUCAUCUUACAAUUCACCGCCUCAUUCACACAGGAGAGAAACUCUAUGGCUGCUUAGAUUGUGGGAAGAGUUUUACUCAUCAGAGUACUCUUACAUCACACCGGCGCAUUCACACAGGAGAGAAACCCUAUGACUGCUUAGAUUGCGGAAAGAUUUUUACUCGAAAGAGUGAUCUUACAUCACACCGCCGCAUUCACACAGGAGAGAAACCCUAUGAAUGUUUAGAUUGUGGAAAGAGGUUUGCUCAAAGUGCAAGACUUAAAAACCACCAGUUCAUUCACACAGGACAGAAACCCCAUGAAUGCUCAGAUUGUGGGAAGAGUUUUACUCGAAAGUGGGAUCUUACAUCACACCAGCGUACGCACACAGGAGAGAAACCCUAUGUCUGCUCAGAUUGUGGGAAGAGAUUUGCUCGAAAUAUUAGACUUAAAAAACACCAGUUGACUCACACAAAACAGAAGUAAACAAUAUUAAGUUGUGACCUUGGAAAUUUGAAUGCUAAAAUAUGAUUUUUUUUUUAAAUCUGAUCAGGUGUAACAAAUGGAAUAGAUCGAUGAACGUAUAAACUAUAAAUGCUAUAAGUUGUUACAGCCCUUGCAAAAGUAUUCGUACCUUUUGAACUUGUCCACAUUUUGUAACAUUACAAUCACUAAUGUAAAUGUUUUUUGUUUUUUUUUAUGUGAUAGACCAAC